CGGAAGAGCAUUCUCCUUAGCAACUGAGGGUCCGCGGCGCCGGCGCCGGCCUCCGAGAGCGACGCUUGUGAUAACUGAGCUGUUCAAGGAAGGAAGAACUCUGAGCGGAGCAGUGGAGGUUCCCCUGAAUCUGCAAAGAACAGGCGACUUUGGAACCAGUAAUGAGCCAUCCUGACUGCAGGCUGAACCUCCGGCCCAUAGGGACCCCCAGAGGUGUGUCCUCACAUGGUGUUGGUGCUUCGCCAGGUGACAAAAAGUCAAAGAACAAGUCCAUGAGAGGGAAGAAAAAGAGCAUAUUUGAAACUUACAUGUCCAAGGAGGAUGUUUCAGAAGGCCUGAAGAGAGGAAUGCUUAUCCAGGGUGUACUGAGAAUUAAUCCAAAGAAGUUUCAUGAGGCUUUCAUUCCUUCCCUGGAUGGUGAUCGAGACAUUUUUAUUGAUGGGGUUGUUGCUCGUAAUAGAGCCUUAAAUGGGGACGUGGUGGUUGUAAAACUGCUUCCCGAAGAGCAGUGGAAGGUGAUUAAACCGGAGAGCAGUGAAAAAGAAACAGAAGCUCCCUAUGAGUCUGAUCUUCCUGAGGAGCUCCCUCAGCAGUCCCUCAAAGGCUGUAAUGAUAGUCCUGAUGUCAUUAUAGAGGCUCAAUUCAAUGACAGUGACUCAGAAGAUAGACAUGGGAACACAAAGAAUGUGCUGGUAGAUGGUGUUAAGAAGUUCUCAGUUUGUGUUCCUGACAAAGGAAAAGAAGAUCCUAGUGCACCAGUUUCAAAAGAGGAGAACAUUUCCAUGUCUCAAGAUGUAAGAGCUUCAUCAGAGAAGUUACUGCAGAAAUCAGCCAAGGUGGUUUACAUCUUGGAGAAAAAACAUUCUCGAGCAGCAACUGGCGUUCUCAAACUCUUGGCUGAUAAGAACAGUGAACUGUUUAGGAAAUAUGCCCUGUUUUCUCCUUCAGACCACCGAGUGCCUAGAAUUUAUGUACCUCUCAAGGAUUGUCCCCAGGACUUCGUGACCCGGCCUAAAGAUUAUGCCAACACACUGUUCAUCUGCCGCAUCAUAGACUGGAAGGAAGACAGCAAUUUUGCCCUGGGGCAACUGGCUAAAAGUCUUGGUCAGGCUGGUGAAAUUGAACCUGAAACCGAGGGGAUCCUAACUGAGUAUGGCGUGGAUUUCUCCGAUUUUUCUUCAGAAGUUCUAGAAUGUCUCCCUCAAACCCUGCCCUGGACAAUUCCAUUUGAGGAGUUUAACAAGAGAAGAGACUUAAGAAAAGACUGUGUCUUCACCAUUGACCCAUCAACUGCCCGGGACCUUGAUGAUGCCCUCUCCUGCAGGCCACUCACAAAUGGCACCUUCGAAGUGGGCGUCCAUAUUGCUGAUGUGAGUUAUUUCAUUCCUGAGGGAUCCAGCCUGGAUAAGGUGGCUGCUGAGAGAACUACAAGUGUCUACUUGGUUCAGAAGGUGGUCCCCAUGCUUCCCAGGCUGCUAUGUGAAGAGCUGUGUAGCCUGAACCCCAUGACUGACAAGCUGACCUUCUCAGUGAUCUGGACGCUGACCUCUGAGGGCAAGAUUCUUGAGGAGUGGUUUGGCCGGACCAUCAUCCGCUCCUGCACCAAAUUGAGCUAUGAGCAUGCACAGAGCAUGAUUGAGAAACCAACUGAGAAGAUCCCCCAGGAAGAGCUGCCCCUCAUUUCCCCAGAACACAGUAGUCAGGAGGUGCACCAGGCUGUCCUGAACCUGCACGGAAUUGCAAAGCAGCUUCGUCGGCAGCGCUUUGUGGAUGGCGCGCUCCGUUUGGAUCAGCUAAAACUUGCUUUCACCGUGGACCACGAGACUGGAUUGCCUCAAGGAUGUCAUAUCUAUGAAUACAAAGACAGCAACAAGCUCGUGGAGGAGUUCAUGCUCUUGGCCAACAUGGCAGUGGCCCACAAGAUCUACCGUGCCUUCCCUGAGCAGGCUCUGCUGCGACGGCACCCCCCACCCCAAACAAAGAUGCUCAAUGACCUAGUGGAAUUCUGCAACCAAAUGGGGCUGCCCAUGGAUGUCAGCUCUGCAGGGUCCCUUAAUAAAAGUCUGACCAAAACAUUCGGAGAUGACAAGUACUCCUUAGCUCGGAAGGAGGUGCUCACCAACAUGUACUCCCGACCCAUGCAGAUGGCACUGUACUUCUGCUCAGGGGUGCUGCACGAUCCAGCUCAGUUCCGGCACUAUGCCCUCAAUGUGCCUCUCUACACGCACUUCACCUCACCCAUCCGCCGCUUUGCAGACGUCAUGGUGCACCGCCUCUUGGCUGCUGCUCUGGGCUACAGGGAACAGCCAGACACUGAGCCCAGUACCAUACAGAAGCAGGCGGACCACUGCAAUGACCGCCGCAUGGCGUCCAAGCGUGUACAGGAGCUUAGCACCAACCUCUUCUUUGCUGUCCUGGUCAAGGAGACUGGCCCCUUGGAGUCGGAAGCCAUGGUGAUGGGUGUCCUGAACCAAGCCUUCGAUGUGCUGGUGCUGCGUUACGGGGUACAGAAGCGUAUCUACUGCAACGCGCUGGCCUUGCGGUCCUACCACUAUCAGAAGGUGGGGAAGAAGCCGGAGCUUACACUUGUUUGGGAGCCUGAAGACCUGGAACAGGAGCCCACACGGCAGACCAUCACCAUCUUCAGCCUGGUGGAAGUGGUCCUGCAGGCGGAGAGUGUGGCCCUCAAGUACAGCGCCAUCCUGAAGCGGCCAGGCCCCGAAAGUUCCCUGGGCCUGGAGGAGGAGGAGCCCAACGCUGAGCCGAAGGACUGAGUGCCACACCAUCACCUGCCUAGCCUGCUGGCUUUCAGGAAUGGGACCUUCUGACACCAAAGGGGAUUUUUAAUUUGGUUUUUUUUUUAACAACUCAGGGGUUUAUUUUUAUUUUCAUUUUAUUUUAUUUUUACAGCUCAGUUUUUAAAGGAACUGGAUGGGAAAGGAUGGGGUUGGAUGGAAGGCUGAGGCCUGGCUAGUGCUUCCCCGAACAAAGAGGGGCCCCAGUCCCUCCUGGGAGGCCAACCCAGCUUCCACCAGCCCCCCCCCACUGUCCUCCCCGUCCCAGGAAAUGGGGGUUCAGCAAAUCAGUGUCAUGGAAUAAAAUCAAGUGUGAAGUG